AUAUAGUGGAGCUCUGCGCCAUGAGGCUCAAGCAUCUACAUACCGAGGUACUGGGACUCUAAUUCUGGAGCGGAGGGAGAACGCCGAGACACUGCUUGUAGAAAAGAUAGACCGUAAGCUUGAAAUUAACGCCGUAACAUUUAUACACACCAGCCGUUAACGACAAUGAACGGGCAGAUCAAUGGCUUCCAUAACUCCCUCAUUGACGAGGACUGCUUCUUGUUCACCUCAGAGUCGGUGGGAGAAGGACACCCCGACAAGAUCUGUGAUCAGAUCAGUGAUGCCGUUUUGGAUGCCCAUCUGAAGCAGGAUCCUGAUGCCAAAGUUGCAUGUGAGACUGUUGCCAAGACUGGGAUGAUCCUGUUGGCUGGUGAGGUGACAUCAAGGGCCACAGUGGACUAUCAGAAAGUUGUUCGAGACACCAUCCGCCAAAUUGGAUACGACGACUCCUCCAAAGGCUUUGACUAUAAGACCUGUAAUGUUCUUGUGGCCUUGGAGCAGCAGUCUCCGGACAUUGCUCAGGGAGUUCACAUUGACCGUAACGAGGAGGACGUUGGAGCAGGGGACCAGGGCUUGAUGUUUGGAUAUGCCACUGAUGAGACUGAGGAGUGUAUGCCUCUCACAAUCGUCCUUGCCCACAAACUGAAUGCUAAGCUGGCUGAGUUGCGUCGCAAUGGCACUCUCCCAUGGCUCCGGCCAGACUCAAAGACACAGGUUACUGUCCAGUACCGCCAGGACCGAGGUGCCAUGCUUCCAGUGCGUGUGCACACGGUUGUUGUCUCUGUUCAGCAUGACGAGGAUGUUUGCCUGGAGGAGAUGAGAGACACCCUGAAGGAGAAAGUCGUCAAGGCUGUUGUUCCAUGCAUCUAUUUGGACGAUGACACAAUUUACCACCUGCAGCCCAGCGGCCGAUUUGUUAUUGGAGGCCCACAGGGGGAUGCUGGCCUGACUGGGCGUAAAAUUAUUGUUGACACUUACGGCGGCUGGGGAGCCCACGGCGGCGGUGCCUUCUCUGGGAAGGAUUACACAAAGGUGGACCGCUCGGCUGCUUACGCUGCACGCUGGGUGGCGAAGUCUCUGGUGAAGGCGGAGCUUUGCAGGAGAGUGUUGGUCCAGGUUGCCUAUGCUAUUGGAGUUGCCCAUCCCCUUUCCAUUUCUAUCUUCCACUACGGGACCUCCGACAAGAGUGAGAGGGAGCUGCUUGACAUUGUAAAGAAGAACUUUGAUCUCCGCCCUGGCGUCAUUGUCAGGGAGCUGGAUCUGAAGAAGCCCUUGUAUCAGAGGACCGCAGCCUAUGGCCACUUUGGCCGAGACUCCUUCCCAUGGGAGGUGCCCAAAAAACUCAAAUACUAAACAUGUUAAGCUUUUCCCCCCCAGGCCUGUUGGUGUAUACUACAGAGAAGCCUCCAAGGUUCCGGGGGUGAAAUGCCCUUAUCUCUCUCAUAGUAAUGGUAUCCUUUAACACAUGACUCCCUUUCUCACUCAAACUCCCUCCUUGUCUUCUUGUUGUUUUUCUGCUGGUUGCGGUAUCGUAGUGGGUCGUAGCAGGCAUGGCUCAGAAACUUUAUGUUUAAAGAAUUGGGUGGGUUCCAUGAACUCAUGCACCACAGUACUUCAUGUUCUCUCACGUCUCGAGGUUCCCCCGAUUCUUGCCGCGAUGGACCCUGAAUAGCUGCAUCGAGUUAUUCUCCGUUUGGCAUUCCACACCCGUCAAUAUCGGUCUUGUAUUCGGCGUGAUUGCGAUAGCAUGUUAGGCUAUAAGCUAUACCCCUCUUAAUUUACUGGUGCUACUGAUGGUAGGAGUCUGCGCAACAUCUACAUUUUUCUCUCUGAUCUGGCACCUUAAAACAGCUUGGUGUCUUGCUAAACAUUCCUCCUUUUGUCAAUCUGGUACAAUAAUUCCCUGACCCAGUCGGUGUUGUCCUUUUUUGUUAGCUUUACCCCUGCGAGGAUGCUAGAAUGGCACAAUUUAAAAUUAAGGGUUGUUGCUGUUUUUCACACAAAAAAAAAUGCUAUGCAUUUCAGACUAAUGGGAGAACCAAAUCCUAAUUAUUCAAGCUCUCAGAGGAUUAUAAAUCUUCAGACGCCCCUUACAGACCUUUGCUGUUUUCUGACGUCAUACAGAAAAGUCAGAAGCUGCUAUGUCACUGCUCUGGUCUGCAGAGGUUUUUGUUAUACUUGAAAAUAAUGGCAAAAUUGGAUUGUUAUGCAUUGAAAUUAAAUUUUAAAAUGAGUCCUCUUUUUAAAUGUAGUUUCACUUGCUUUUUAUGGUUCGAUGUGACUAACGGCCCUUCUACUCCUUUAAGUAUAUGGAUGGCAGGUGUAGCUACAGAGAAACCUGGUCUCCGUCUUUAUCCUUAAUUGAGUGUUCUUUGCCACAGAGUCUUACUGGCUUGAAGUCAAACCUCAACACUAUUUAUUUGUUCUCUGAAACUCUGCGUGGAUACAGAGAAGCGGAUGUUUCAGAAGGCAGCUUUAAACAUACUUGGCUAAUGAGUCUUGAAUUCCUUUUGACUUGAUCAUGUUUCAGUGUUUGGCUUGAGGCCCCAGAGUGUCGUACAGAAAAGCUUUGGGCCGCCUCAAGACGAAAGUGUCACUGGCUACUGUUAGUAACUAUUUUACAACCGUUUUUAUCAUUUUUUUGGACUACAGAUCAUACUUUUAAGUGGGUUGGUUUUGAAAUCUCAUUAAAUUGACUGGUGCAAUUCUUUAGCUCUUACCUAUCUUCAAUGGAAUGACUACAUUUGGUUGGUGUUGUACAGAGAAACCAGCCUUGUUUACGCAGCCACCCCAUCUGUGGGAUAGGUUUUGGUUUUGUUCCCCUUUACCACUCUGAGGUCACCCCGUUGGCUACCGUAAGAGUAGGAGUGCCUUUUCUAUUUCCUCUACUCCCCAUUUGCUUUCCUCCCAUCCUACCAACAUUGCGCUCAACUUCCAGAGGAACAAGUAGCUGAUACUGUAUUGUGCUUAAUGUCUAGACUGGGUAGUUCCUUUAUGCUCUGUAAUAAACGACUACUCCUUUCAAAUGUCA